AUGUGGGAUAUAGAGAAAGGAAACCAGACUUCCAUCACUGAAUUCAUCCUCCUGGGGUUUGGAAAUGACCCUGAGUUGCAGCCUCUUCUUUUUGUGAUCUUCCUGAUGAUCUACAUCACAACCAUGACUAGCAACCUCCUCUUGGUUCUGUUGGUUGUUGCUGAUCAUCAUCUUCACACUCCUAUGUACAUCUUCCUGGGGAAUUUGUCCUGUUUGGAGACAUGCUACAGCUCCAUCAUCCUGCCUAAAAUGCUGACCAAUUUGUUUCGUGGAGAUAGAAGCAUUUCAUUUACAGGCUGUAUAGCUCAAUUUUCUUUGUUUGGCUCCUGUAUCUGCAUGGAAACAUACCUCCUGGCAGCAAUGUCCUAUGACCGAUAUUUGGCAAUAUGCAAACCUUUGCUCUAUGCUUCUAUUAUGCAUGCAAAGGCAUGCUUCCAACUGGUGGCUGCAGCAUGGAUCACUUCCCUCCUAGGUAAUUCUUUCAUCAUAUUUCUGAUGGUUCAACUCUCUUUCUGUGGUCCCAAUAAGAUUGAUCAUUAUUUUUGUGAUUUUAGGCCAAUAGAAAAACUUUCAUGUAGUGACACUACCUUGAUAGAGCUAGUCGCCUUUCUCUUGACCAUCAUUUUUACAGCUAUACCCCUGCUGUUAACUCUCACAUCCUAUGUUUUCAUUAUUGCUACUAUCCUGAAGAUUCCCUCCACCACUGGGAAGCAAAAGGCCUUUUCCACCUGCUCCUCUCAUCUUACUGUGGUUUGCAUUUUUUAUGGAACAAUAAUAAUUGUCUACAUGUUGCCAGACAAUUCUACUCUGAGACAUCUCAAUAAAGUAUUUUCUGUCUUCUACACAGUCUUAACUCCCUUGGUCAAUCCCCUCAUCUACAGCUUGAGAAACAAAGAAGUCCACAAAGCCCUAAGAAGGGUUGGCUGUAAUUUGAAGCUUUUUUGUACAAAACAAACAGAGCUUUUGAAGUAG